GAGAUCCACUCGUUACCCAUCGUUGGUUAUCUGAUUACUUAGCCCCACAUAUCUCUGAUCUUGCAUCUGAGUUAGGCUUUGGUCGUAACGGUUUUAGUGUGUCCAUCGUUGUCAAGAUCGUUACUCAAUCGACAUCCAAGUACGAGGUGUUGUCGAGGAUGGUCCAGCAAGGGAAGAUGAUGAACAGUGAGGAGUUAGAGAGUUCUCAGAUGCAAACAGAGCCGUGUUCGAUCUGUCUAAACAAUCUCGUGCUCGAUGAUGGUUCGAGUUCGAAACAUGGAGUUCCUACACGUCUGACGUGUUCCCAUGUCUUCCACGAUGGGUGUCUCUUGGAGUGGUUUCAACGUAAAGAUACUUGCCCCUUGUGUCGGACUCUGCUUUACGAUCCAUCAAUGGUUUUGAACAAUGGAGAGUUGAUGCUUAGCGAAAAAAAUGGAGAGUGAAAUUAGGGUUUCAUACUUGGGCCACACGCUCUAUUUUGGGCAA